UGUGUGUGUGUGUGUGCAUGUACUUUGUGCUGCACAGUGCCCCCUGUCAGGAGAUUUUGCUGUGGUACCUGAGUCACAUCGAGGCGUCUGUAGCCCUGUCAGCGCUGAGGCAGCUCUCAGGUCUGCAGGGACAGGAGACCACGGUGGCAGCAGACCUCCACUUCACCCCGGGCAGUGAUGGAGGAGCCAGACUCUCCCUCCAAGAGAGCUGCAGUGAUGAGGAUGAUGCUCUGUAUGAGAAGGUGUCAGGGGAGCAGUGGAGGCUAGAGUGUCUGAUGCAGCUGCUGGCUGAACUCAAAGACUAUGACCUUCCUGGAGACUUUUUCCUGGAACUGCUGCAGGAGCUGACCAGCUGGGCAUCUGCAGAAGAUGAAGAGGAGGAGGAUAAAGAGGAGCUGGACGUGUCAGCCAUGACACUGCUGGAGGUGGAGCAGCGGCUGCUGGGAAGAGCUGCGAGGCGAAGCCAGAGACUCGCUUUGCUUCAGGUGUUGGCUGUGAUGGUCGAGUCUGUCCAGCCUACUGUGCUGCUGAGGCAAAGCACACAGGUGAAUGGAGAGAUAUGUAGCCAGCAGUAA